GCCGCGCCCGCCCGCCCGCCGGGUCACCUUCCCGGCCGCCGGCAGCCCCGACCGCCCCCGGGCCGCCGCCAUCCGCCGCUGCGGGCCGUCCCCGCCCCGGGGGAGCGGGUGCCCCGGGGCAUGAGCUGCGCCUCCGGGAGCGUCGUGCUCCCUGCCGGAGAGCCGCCGCGAGCCGCCGCCGCCCCGCUGGAGCUGCCGGCCGGGGCGGGGGAGGCAAGCGGGGACACCCCCGAGGAGGGCGAGGGCCGGAGGGGCGGCUCGGAGAGCGGGGCCGCCGGCGGCGACAAGCCCGAGACGCGCUCGGUGUGCAGCAGCAGCGAGAGCGGCAGCGGCGGCCACGGCGGCGGGGCCGGCCCCAUCUGCAAGAUCUGCUUCCAGGGCCCCGAGCAGGGUGAAUUGUUAAACCCUUGCCGCUGCGAUGGCUCGGUACGAUACACGCAUCAGCUUUGCCUCUUAAAGUGGAUAAGUGAAAGAGGGUCAUGGACCUGUGAACUCUGCUGUUACAGAUACCAUGUUAUAGCCAUUAAAAUGAAAAAGCCUUGUCAGUGGCAAAGCAUUACUAUAACACUGGUUGAGAAAGUGCAGAUGGUUGCUGUAAUCCUAGGAUCUCUGUUCUUAGUAGCAAGUGUGACUUGGCUUCUAUGGUCAGCCUUCAGCCCUUAUGCAGUAUGGCAAAGAAAGGACAUCCUUUUUCAAAUCUGCUAUGGAAUGUAUGGUUUUAUGGAUCUAGUAUGCAUAGGAUUGAUAGUCCAUGAAGGUGCAUCUGUUUACCGUGUGUUUAAGCGCUGGAGAGCUGUGAAUCUGCACUGGGAUGUGUUAAAUUAUGAUAAAGCCACGGACAUAGAAGAGAGCAAUCGAGGAGAAUCCUCAGCAGGGAGGACAUUGUGGCUGCCACUGACUGCAUUUAGAAACAGAAGUUUAGUUCAUCCAACACAGUUAACCUCGCCGAGACUUCAGUGUGGCUAUGUGUUGUUACAGCUGUUCAACCGCAUGAGACCUCAGGAGGAUUCAUCAGAGGAUAACUGCUCUGGGGAAGUAGUGAUGAGAGUGACCUCAGUGUAAAGAUUGUGCUCACUGUGCUACACAGAUAAGGAUAAUGUGCCCUGGUUUACAGGACUGUGGAAUGUAGUUAUGAUGAAUGGUGAAACCAUUAACACUUGAAAAAAUAUAUACACUUCUUUUUUUUAAAUUUAAUGUUUUUUAUAUGAUCAGAUAAAACACA